GAAAGUAGAAGGUGCAAGGGAUCGCGAGAGGGUCGUUGAAGGAGUUGAGUUCGAGCAUCGGAGCUGCGCUUAUGAGUCCGCCGGUUGCUCCGGCGUUAGCCGACGGCGAUGUCCAGCAGUUGGAGGUGCUGUCUUCUCACCGGGUUACGAUGCCGGCGCCCAUGAAUCCCCUGCUGCUGGCAUCCGCAUGCUUGGGCUCCUCGGGUGCACUGAAUUUCCUUUUCAGCAGGGAAGAUGCACAAAAGCCCCCGCUGAUUGUGCCUACUCAGGAAUUUCUUGACUUGCUAACCCCUGUCAGCAGCAGCAGAAAAAGGCUGACGGUGCCACAAGCUUCUGGUGAUGUAGAAAUCGGAGUUGAUCUAGCUUCUGGUGAUGGUAUGACAAUAACUCUGCUUCUUCAGGGUGUCACCCCUGACGGGGACACCGCGCUACAUGUGGUUGCCAGCCAUGGCCAUGGGGACAGCAUAGAAUUUCAGAACUGUGCUCGCAUCAUCAACGAGAGAGACCAAGGCCUCCUGCUUGCGGUGAACAGAAAGGGUGACACGCCCUUGCAUUCUGCCGCCAGAGCUGGUAAAUCUCAAAUGCUUUCUUGUCUCAUUCAACUAGCUGAAAGUUGCAACAGGUUGCACGAGCUCCUGAGGAAGGAGAAUGUGCUUAAAGAGACGGCCUUGCAUGAUGCUGUCCGCAUUGGAAGAAAGGAUAUUGUGGACAGUCUAAUGGAGGCUGAUCCUGAUCUGGCUAAUUAUCCAAAAGAAGGCACUUCACCAUUGUACCUAGCAAUCUUACUGGAAAAGGAAUUCCUUCCAGAGGCACUGCAUCUGAAAAGCAAUGGGAAUCUCUCGUAUUCCGGGCCAAAUGGGCAAAAUGCGCUACAUGCUGUGACUGCUCAAGGCUCAGAUAUAAUGAGAGGACAUGUGUUGAAAUGGAACAAUAGCCUUACCACUCAUGGGGAUAUAGACGGGAGUACACCUCUUCACUUCACUUCAGCCUUCCGGCAUUCUAAUGGAUUCAAGCAAUUAUUAGAAGCUAACCCAGCACCAGUGUAUCAGGCAGACAACAACGGAUUUUUCCCCAUACAUGUUGCUGCCUCUAUGGGCGCAAAACAUACCAUAAUCACUCUACUUGAGAAGUUACCUAGUAGUGCCGGAUUGCGCACUGCUCAAGGACAGACAUUCCUUCAUGUCGCCGUUGAGAAAAGAAGACUGAACAUAGUCACCUUUGUCUGCCGAACUCCAUCUUUAGCUUGGACAUUAAAUAUGCAAGACAAUGAUGGGAACACAGCAGUGCAUUUAGCUGUGCAGGCUAGCAAGCUUUAUAUUUUUGGUUCCCUAUUCGCGAAUAAGGAAGUGCACUUAAGUCUAGAAAACAACAAAAAACAGACUGCCCUUGACAUAUCCAGAAGCUUGCUUCCUAAAGGAAUGUAUUUUAAUUGGAACACUGACAGCCUGAUAUACAAGGUACUCACGUAUGCUGGUGCAAAACAUAGUUGUCUCCGCUGGGAUAAGGUUGAAGAAAACUAUAGCCGCCAAUUGAAACCAGACGAAGCGGCCAUAGAGGAAGGGAAGGUGAAAGAUUCAAGCCAAAUGCUAGGAAUUGGUUCAGUCUUAAUAGCAACUGUGGCGUUUGGUGCAACCUUUGCUGUUCCUGGAGGUUUCGUAGCAGACGAUCAUCCCAAUAGAGGCACACCAACACUUGCUGGGAGGUAUACCUUUGACGCAUUCAUGAUGGCCAAUGCAUUAGCUUUUAUUUGCUCCUCAACAGCUACCAUUGGCCUCAUGUAUUCUGGAUCUCCUAUGGUUAACUUAAUGAGCCGUCAAAUCAACUUAGGCACCUCUGUGUUCUUCAUGUCAAGUUCGGUCACAUGUUUGUCUGCUGCUUUUGCACUGGGUGUGUAUAUGGUGCUAGCUCCGGUAGCACAUGCUACUGCCAUUGCUAUCUGUGUGCUUAGCCCCCUUGUGGUGCUAUAUAGAAAUUGGGAAUUUUUACUAAAGGUGGGUAUUCUUGCACGGCCGAUAUGCGUCCGGACGGGACUAAGUCGUGGAUUAACAUGGUUAGCAUGGAUAAUCAUUAGCCGAAUGUUCAUAGAACUCUGGCCCUUCAUACUUAUCUUCGGUUGGGCUGCAAUUGCACAGAAGCUCCGAAACCACCUCUGAUGACAAGAAGCAUCAAACAUGUGAUGAGCUGAAACUAAAGGAAGUGGGUCUGAUAAGCUUUGUGACAAGUCAUUCAUCGUUAUAUAUUUGUUCAGAACGUAUGUUACGGAAGUUUUGCUUUGUGUUUGGCAACGUCUGUAAGUUUGUUUGUUCAGAGUACUUGUGCU